CUACGACUGCCUGUUAAAUCUCUUGUGCGAUUCAAAAGUGCUUCCAAAACAUUGUAUUCUUUAAUCUCCGAAAGUCGUUUUGUUAAUCUGCAAGCAAAACGAGCCUCCAACAACCCGAAAAUCCUUUUAUUUUCAGUCUCUGGUUGAGUUAGGGGUCGACGUGAUUGGCUCAUGCAGUGGACUGGUUUGUAUAGGCAGUAACUUCGAUCAUAAGCUCGUAAUCUGGAACCCAUGCACUGGUACCCAUCUGAGAGAACAAUAUUUCAAAUUUUCUCAUCAAAAUCAAGCUCGUGGAGAAGCUUGUGCUGCCCUUAUGGAAGCACAUAUAUUUUGGUUAAUUAUAUAGGUGAUUCACCUGCCCCUCUUUUGAAUGGAGCCCUCCAUUGGCUUUCUUACUCAAAACCCCAACUUCCAUCAACUUUCUUGCGUCCUUAUGAGAUUUCCAGUGAAUUCAUUGCUUUGGAUUUAGCAAAGGAAAAAUUCCAGAAGCUGCCAAUGCCUCAGAGUAUUCCAAAUCACCGUCUUGUACUAGGAGAGCUCGGGGGAUGCCUUAGUUUAUUGUUUUCUCCAUCUAUGGAUAAAGUAGAGAUAUGGGCGAUGAAAGAAUAUGGCGUCAAGGCAUCAUGGAGUAAACUGCUUAAUGUCUUUGAAACUGAAUAUGGCAGUAUUUACGAUUUUUGGCCACUCUACUUGUGCAGAAGCAGAGAAGUCGUAGGAUUGCAGGAUGGGAUGAAAUUGAAGAGGUGGAACAUCCAAGACGGGAAGCUAGUUGAUACCUUCAAUAUCUGUGAAGAACUUUGCGAAGCUUUCAUGUACAGAGCUGUUGUUUAUGCGGAAAAUCUAAUUUCCCCGACCGAUUUCAAUGGUGAACUCUCGAUACUUUUCUAUAAGCAUUUAGCCAUGCAUGCGUGUAAUAUUCUUUUUUCUUAACCUUUUGCUGCGCUGUCUGUUUUGCAA